CCUUAGCGGCUGCUUAGUAUAAAAAGCCAUAGUGAAUUUAUGCUUAAAUAACAAAAAAACAAUUGUGUAGAUGAUUUUGAUUUAAACUUUCACCAUGAGGCAAAACCUGACAUUGAGGGUGUUAAGUUAAUGCCAAGUAGUCCAGAAUGAGGUUGUUAUCCAAGAUCAUCCUGACAGUCCUGUGUACAUGUCUCUUACACUGUCGUUGCAAAGGAUUAUUGAGCAAUCUAUUUGUCAAAGUCGGCUUCGAUUAUUAUUCGAAGAUCUCCGGCUUGGCUUGCUGGAAUUACAGUGAGUAUGUGCCAUCUUGUGGCUGGAAGUAUAUCUUGUUUUCUUCACUGCCCAUCACGUCUAUAGUGGAAGGCUUUGAGUUCUUCAACUGCUCCCAGGUAAACAGUUUUACAUUUAUUCUUAAUGGAUUAAGCAAGUACGACAACCUAAGUUUGAAAAAUGCGGGCUGUCCAAACAUUGGCGUCAACGUAAUUACUGAUCCAGGAGUACCUCCGGAUAUAACAGUGAACUGGUACUGUGUAUGCAACUCUACAACUGCUGGUGUUUGUCAGGUUGUACCUGGAACUGAUCCAACAUUUAUAAACAUUACAACCGCGCAAAACACAUGCACUGCCCAGCCAGACACCACGACAACCCCAGAGCCAACCACCACAUCAACCAGUACAACCACACAGUCAACCACUACAUCAACCAGUACAACCCCAGAGCCAAUCACCACAACAACCAGUACAACCACACAGUCAACCACUACAUCAACCAGUACAACCACACAGUCAACCACUACAUCAACCACUACGACUAAGUCAGCAACAAAAUCUACAACAGCGUCGACAACCACAUCAACAGCAACACAAUUAGCGACUCCUGCUGUAACCACACCGUCUUCAGUGAUGAAGUCUGCAAACUUUAAUAAAAAAUUGAUCGGUUCAUGCCCAGCGAAUAUUUUGACCUCAGUCUCACUUUGGAAUCCAGACCUGAUUUUCUGCGCCGUUCAGUGCUUCAACUAUGAAAAUUGUACAGGCGUCAACUACUGGGAGGCAACUCAGAGGUGUGACAUUGUAUCGAGCGAUAUCGGAAAUAUCCGCAACAUUCCAGGGUGCAAUUACUAUGUCAUAGAGAAAUGAGUUCAUCAGUUCUACUAAGACUUUAGAAAGGAAUAGAUUUACAUCUACUUACGUAAUAUUAAACAUUAAAUAGUCGAUUAAAGCGAAGCAAAGAUUUAACAUGAGAUUUAACAUUUAACAAUAUCUAGCACUUAGUCAUUUUUCUGUUUUUAAAGAAUAACAACAGCUUGCUAUGAAAAAUGUCUAAAGUUUAGAUAUUAAUUACAAAGCUCAAUCUGUCUGUCUGUCUGGUAAAAAGUUUGUACACGUUAUUUCUCCCACACCCUUUCUCAGAUGACUCAGAUCAAGGUAAAGCUUCACACAAUUAUUCAUUAACAUUGACAAGACAUGUAUCAAUAUGAAAAAGUAAACAAUUAGACAAUUAAUCACUGGUAAUUAUUUUGUUAAAUAGAUACAAGGGAAACUAGUACUUCUGCAUUCACAGAUAUGGCUAAAUUUGUUGGGUUUAGUCUCCUUAAAUAAUUGUUAACGCUAUUUUCUCCCUCACGUAUUCUCCGAUCAAGUUAAUAUUUUAAACAAUUAUUUAUUGUACCUAACAAAACAGGAAUCAAUAAACACAUAUUAUAUAUAUAUAUAUAUAUAUAUAUAUCGAAAGGGGGAAAUAACCUGUACAUUUUGGUAGAUUUGGCUUAAAGGACGGAGUUCUUCCCCUUUAAAUAGGUUUUGUUUUUUUGUGCCCUGAAAAGGAUCUUUAAUACUUGUCUUGUUUAUAAUCUUCGCUUGUAUAUUUAAAACAGGUUUUGACUAAGCAAGAAAUAAUGA